AUGGGUACCAGCAGAAGCAAAAGGAGGAAGAAGCAGCAGCAGCAGCGCCAACAGCAACAGCAACAGCUGCAGCAACAGCAACAGCAACAGACACCACCACAGGAUGUGGCAACACCGUUGGCAACGAAUACACCACCGGUGCCACCACCACCACCACCGGCAACACCACCAGGUAGCACUGAACCACCACCAUCCACUCCUGUCAAGUCACCAGUGGAUCCACCCUCAGUCCACCGGCUACCUGUGGUUCCCCCACCAUCUUACCAACUCAGUGGAUCAUCUGUUGCAUCCUCCAACCUUGCCAAGCAUGAUACCACCAUGAUUAGCAACAGCUAG